GCCAGAGGCAAGUGCGCUUUUUUUCGAAUGCGAUCACGGUUGGAAAACGUGGACGAGGAAACGGGGCUCGAAAGGAACUCUCCAGCAAGCACGGGAGCCCUUCCCGGACUACAAGAAGAAACAGAGGAAAGACCAAGACGCGCGAGCCAUUAUAAAUCUCUGCACAGUAUUAUGGCCAGGAUAAAAAGGGCAAUGCAGCAAAAGAUAUAAAUUGAGACUUUAAAUAAUAGAUAUAUAUUUCUUACUGGGUUAUAGUAGCUGCUUAUAACUAGAUAGUUUAAGUAGGUAGGUAGGUAGGUAGGCUGUGGGCGUCUGGUAGGCUGCUGCGUGGGCGGAUGCUGGCAACGGAGGAACAGCUGCGCGCAAAGGCCUCAAGCUGAAGGGGCAAACCUUGGGCUUUGGCUUCCUCAAAGCUUUGGCAGCCUUUCCAAUGUUUCGCUAAAAAGGCGCCAUUUUGGAGCAGCAAAAAAAGGGCACUUUUCUCAGCAGGCAUUUUUCCGGAUCUCUAUGGUGAUUCAAGAUCAAAACUAUAUAUAGACGCAAACUUUUUGACUCAAAAAGCGUGGGCCUUUUUUUGCGGCAAGUUCUGGAAGGUUCUGAAGAUUAAAGAGAACAAAAACCAAGGGGCGCUUCCUCAGCUUGAGGCCUCUGCGGGCAGCUGCUCAAUCCUGAGCAGAGAGACGGCCGCGGGCCUUCCCGCGCUCCACUUCUGACGCUCUUGCCAGCAGCCCACGCAGCAGCAGCCUACCAGACGCCCACAGCCAGCCUAUCUACUUAGCCUAGCUACCUAAGUGACUAGUUAAGGCAUUUAGAAAAUCAAUAAGCUGAAUUUAUAUCUUUUUCUACCUUGCCCUUUAUUUUAUCCUGCCUGGUCAUAAGUAUGACUUUUACGAUGGCCUGUGAAGGCAAAUAUCCGAGAUCCGUGGCGGAGAAAAAAACCGAAAGAGAAAGGGAGGAGGACAAGGAAGUUUGUGGCAGAGGCCCGCAUGUGUACUCUGGGAUUUUUCCUCGCCACGCGUAUAGCGUAGAGGCGUUGGAAGUUUUCGCCGUUCCUCUCGAAUCCGCGCCACUUGUGGCAGAAGUGACGACCGCAACGGCACAGGACGUGCAUUCCAAGAAAAAGUUUCUUCUCGUGUAUGGCAUCCAACUCCGAAACCCGCAUGCAUUACGUGGCGGCAUCUGGAAUCCGUUUUUUAUGGCAACGGAAUUGGAAAGGAGAAAUUUUGAAGACUGGAAGGCACCUGACGCGCGCCAGGUUCUUCAGUCAACGCCGAUGAAUUUAUGGGGGGAGUUAGACAGUAGACCUGCGCCUGUUUCGGUUGUGUGAUACAUGAUAGAUAAAUAUGUAGGCGGCGACUCGCGACUCGGGCUGUUAAAGUAUGUAAAUUUUUCACCCAAGAAAAAGGCUAUAACUAAGUAAAUGUUGAAGGUGAAGCUGCAGCUUUUGCUUUUCUAGCCCAUUCUCUGGCCAAAGGGGAAGAGCAUCAAGUGGGCGGAUAGAAUUCCGAGAGAUUUUCAGGGAGGAUACGAGUGACGCUCCUAAUACAUAGAGGGCUGACACUCGGCCGAGAUACUCUCUUUUCUAACGCCGCGGGGCCGUGUGAGCGAAGGCGCCUCGACGACUUUGCUC